GUGUUGGAAAAACCAGUCUAGUAUUAAGAUAUUUGAAACAAGAGGUAAAUGGAACCGUUACGCCAACAAUUGGUGCAUCCUACUUCCCAUGUUCUAUAUCUAUUGGUGAUACCCUAGUGAAAUUACAAGUAUGGGAUACUGCAGGACAGGAAAGAUUCAAAUCAAUGGCGCCCUUGUUUUAUAGAAACUCAAGCGCGGCAUUGUUAGUAUUUGACUUAACACAUUAUGAUAGUUUUUUAAAUGUAAAAGAAUGGAUGUUGGAAUUGAAUCGCAACAUCGACGAUCCAGUUGUGACUUAUGUUAUUGGAAAUAAGACGGACCUUGUCGAAGAACGACAGGUAUCAAGAGAAGAAGCUGUCAAAUACAGUAAUGAGGUUGGUGCAAAGUAUUAUGAAUGUUCAGCUUUAUACAAUCAGAGAGUAGAGGAGGUUUUCCAUAAUGUAGCACUGGAAAUGAUUAAACUGUAUGGUGAACUUGCACUCACUAAGACUAUGAAUGUCUGCGAUGGGAUUAGUGUGGACAACUCGAUAGCGGCAAAUACCAUUGACUAUGGAACUGUGAUAGUGCCAGGAAGUAGUAAAGAAAAUAUUGCCCAUGGUGUGAAAGUAAAUAAUUUUUGUUGUUUUAAUUAGUUAAUAGUAAUAAAGUAUCACAAAUAGUGGAUUGAACAUU